GAAUAGCUAAUACGAAUAGCAAAUUAAGUGGCGGCAUUAAGCGUAGGUUUGGAACGCAGCCCAGAGACUGUGUUUGUGUGAUUGUGUGUUGUACGUUCGUGCCUGCUUGUGGUCAUGUUUUGAUUUAGUUUAGAAAAGUGGGCGAAGCAUUAUUAAUCUCUUGGGAUAUUAUUGUGAUAGUGAUGUUAUUUAAUAUUUCACAUAAUAAAAAUGCAUUUUUCCAUUCCUGAUCUGCAACAAUUUCACGAUGAUAAUGGAGUAUCAUACACGGUAAUGUUUUGAAAUCUUCUACUGAAAUAUUUCCUGAUUACCCUAUGAUUAAUAAUGUUUUUACGUUCACUAGGGCUACAAUAUAUACAUUGAUGGAUUUUUCCACUGUACAGCGCGAUACAAACAACUUCUUAGCCUUCAUGAACAGCUGCAAGCUCAAAAUCCUAAUUUCAAAUUACCACAGUUUCCACCAAAAAAAUUGUUCCUUACAAGUACCCAACUCGAAGAACGAAGAAUCCUAUUAGAAAAGUACAUACAAUUAGUUGGUCAAAAUCCCAUUUUAGCAAAUUCUGAUCUUCUUAUUACAUUCCUAUUUUCUGCACAACAAGAAACACACAGUGUACGAAUGCAUGAAGUGGACAUAGAAAUAUCUCUAAUGAAUGGAUACAGAAUACCUUUGUCAGUGUCAUCAACAGAUACUUCAAGUACUAUACUAGAUAUUGCAUGUAAUUAUAUAAAUUUGCCAAAAGAAUUGAUAAAAUAUUUUUCACUGUACUUAUUCAAUUGGAGCUGUGCAAAAGAUGCUCAGCCAUCCAUAAAGAAAUUGGAAGACUAUGAAUCUCCAUAUAUAUCUCAAAAAUAUGUCAGGCCAGAUGAUAAAAUUGUAUUGCGAAAAAGUUACUGGGACCCCUGUUAUGAUGUUGAUUUAAUGAUAGACAGGGUCUCUCUAGACCUUUUAUAUCUUCAAGUAAUUGAGGAAUUAGACUUAGGAUGGAUUACUGCAGAUGCUCAAACUAAAAGUAUUUUAUCUGCAUAUGAAUUGAAAAAACAGAAAAGAGAAUAUAUAGAGUUGGCAAGAUCUCUAAGGCACUAUGGCAGGAUACCAGCUGGAGAAGCAAUCACAGAUUCCUCUGUCAUUUCUGAGAGUGGCAGUGACCAAUGCAGAGUUCUGGUGUCACUUGGAGCCAAAGAGCUGACAUUGAGCAGUGCUACAUAUCGUUCCAAAGAACAACGGUUCAAGGUCACCAGAAUGAGGUGCUGGAGAAUAACAACACUGCAUGCGAUGGAGAGAGCAUCAACCAACGGGCAUGGGCCGCUACUCGAGGAACCGAACAAAAACUUUGAAUUAUCAUUUGAAUAUCUCGUCAGCAAAGAUAAUUUGAAAUGGAUAACCUUGAAGACGGAACAUGCAACCUUCAUUAGCGUUUGCUUGCAGUCGAUAGUUGACGAGUUGAUGCGACAAAAGAACGGCACGGGCCCCACGUCACCGCGGUACUGCAAGCGCGGCAGCCUCACGUACCUGCGCCGCGACGGCUCCAGCCACCUCGUGACGCCAUCCUCCUCCAGCGACACGCUCAGCUCCGCGAAUGGGGAUUCGUGUACGUCAGGUAGUUCAAGAGAAAUAUUUUCGGUGCAGAAACUAGCAGAAAAGUUUGCGUCAGUCGCUUUCAAGUCGGGGAGAGACUGCGUUGAGAACAACGCUUUCGAUGCCAUUGGCGACGAGGAACUAUGAACAGUCACGAGGAGAAGUGUUCAUUCAAAGUUUGGAUUCUCUAUACACUGACAGGCAGUAAAUAUUACGGAUUGAGCUAAAUUACUAAUGAAAAGAAAGUAUCUAUGAAGCAAGAGUAAGUUAUUUUUGAAAUUGUUCUGUUGACUAGAGGAUAAAUCUUCUGCGGUAUGUUGUAAUUGGAUAUAGUUUGAUCAAUGUGGAUUUUUUUUUCGAGAGUUAUUUGGUUUUUCAUGUGGUCAUUCAAUAUUGACUCAGAUUUGUACAUCAUAUUGAUACUAAUAAUUGAUCAUUUAAAUUUUCGUGUUUAUAAAGAUUCUAUAAUGAGAGUUUUGAUAUACACAACUAAUUGGAUUCUUAUUGAUUUACCUAAUCCAAUUUAACGGCUUCACUAUUUUUAAAGCUCAUUAUGUAAUAUUAACUGUACGUACGCUAACUUUAUGGUAGAUUUUAUUCCUAAUGUCGUAACGAUGACGUGGGGCUGUGCCUUCGAUUUAUCUGAAUGACUCAACCAUGAUAAAAUCACUAGUUGGUGGGAAUCCUUAUCGAAUCAAUUAAUCUGAAAUAAGCGUGAACUCCUUUAUAUUUAUUUCAAUGAAGGAAUUCGAAAUUCCAAUGGUCCAGGAAUUUAUCACAUGAGCUGUUUUUUUUACUGAGUGGAGCGAAAUCAUUUGUACCCAUGAUUGCAAAACUUACUGAAUAUAGGUACAUAUUAAAGUCAAUUUAUGGAUGUAGUUUUGUGGAAAGAUAUCUUAAUAUGUUUUUUAAUACGCAAUAAUAAAUACGCAAAUAUUCGAUUCCUUCCAGUCAAACAUAUCUUAAUUCAUUCGUGGCACAAUAAUGUUUUUUCGACGUGAAACGCAUAUAGUCUUAUGUCCGACUUAUCAACUUAUAAGGAGAGUUAAAUUAAAUUUCAGUUUUAGGUUGAUUUAAAGAAGAACCUAAGUUAUCAAAUCGCUUCUAAAUGUCUUAAAAUAAAAAAAAAUGAAGGGCUAAGGGGGAAAACAGGUUUAGACCAUUUUUUCCUAAAUUUAUUUUUUGGAAUCCAUGGUCACAAAAAUACUUAUUUCAUCCUAUGGCUAUCACAAAAAAAGCGGCCAAGUACGAGUCGGACUCGCCCAUGAAGGCUUCCGUAGCAGCAAGUAACAUAAUAUAAAAGUUCUUGUAAUUCGUUGUAACUUUGAUCGCUGUUUUAAUAAUAGUGUUUUUUUUAAUUGAUUUGUAAUUUAUGACGUUUUGAAAAAAACUACUUACUAGAUCUCGUUCAAACCAAUUUUCGGUGGGAGUUUGCAUAGUAAUAUACAUCAUAUAUUAUUUUUAGUUUUAUCAGUCUCUUAUUUUAGAAGUUACAGGGGGCACACAUUUUACCACUUUGGAAGUGUCUCUCGCGCAAACUAUUCAGUUUAGAAAAAAAAAAUAUGAGAAACCUCAUUAUCAUUUUUGAAGACCUAUCCAUAGAUACCCCACACGUAUGGGUUUGAUGAAAAAAACAUUUUUGAGUUACAAUUUUAAGUAUGGGGAACCCCCAAAAUUCCUUCUUCUUUUUCUAUUUUUGUGUGAAAAUCUUAAUGCGGUUCACAGAAUACUACAUCAUCAUCUACUUACCAAGUUUCAACAGUGUAGUUGUUAUAGUUUCGGAAAAAAGUGGCUGUGACAUACGGACGGACAGACGGACGGCCAUGACGAAUUUAUAAGGAUUCCGUUUUUUGUCAUUUGGCUACGGAACCCUAAAUAGGGUAAAAGUCGUUGUUCUUAUUUUUUAUCUACUUCUUUCCUAGACUGUUACGAGUAGGGUGUUUUAAUGAAAUAGCAUUUAGUUUUAAUGAUUGUGCAAUUUUUAUUCAGAAAAUUAUUACUAUUAAAGUUACUUUUAAAACCAACUGCUUGUAUAUGAGUAGAUUUUCUGAGUCAAUCAUAAAAUGAUGUCGCACCUUUAAUUGCGUGUACUGUAAAAUUUUAUUAAUGUAACUUAGCCUGAUUUCCCCUUAGCCCUUCAAAUAUAAAUUUAUCAGCCUUGACAAGUAUUUCAAUUACAAUAUUAAUCAUCCGUUUCUGGAAAAUCUGAAUCAUUGUUUGAAUGAAUAAGUUUUUUGCAUUUUGUAAGAAUGCAUGCAAUGAGGAUCCGAAACAAUUUAAGUUGAGAAUGCAGAUUAAUAGAGCUAAGGAUCCCAUAAAAUACAGUGGUUAAAUUUUUGUUCUACGACAUAUAUUGACGAAGUUAUGACCAAAAUACUAAACGAAUUUUUGGGCAGUCUGCGUAGUGACUGUGACGUCACAGAGCUUUAGCGCUCGGGCGCGAGCGUGCGUAGAAGUGCUACUAAAGUUCGACCGGAGUGAACCACGAUCGAGCUUUGUGACGUCACACGUUUCGGCCCGCUGGUGAAUAGGGGUGAUGACGGGGUACAGUAAACGAAAUUCUAUUUAGUCCGUCAGUUAGAUGAUCAAAAAAUAAUGGACACGUAUUUUUUCUUUGGGCAAUCAACCAAAUAUGACAAAGUUAUAGCGCGUCAAAGUUUGGGAGUAAGUGUACUCAAACGUGACGUCAUGCGACUUUUCAAAUCAAUAUAUCUCUGCAAUGUUUAUAUUACGUGAAAAAAGAAAAAUACGUGUCCAAUACUUUUUGAUAAUCUACCUGAUAAACGAAGAAAAAAAAUUAGUCAUCAUCCCGAUUCUGGCUACCAUAAAAUUAGUUAUAAAAUCGCAACGAAUGAACCAAUUUCGAUGAUUUACAAAGUAUUUAUUAAAAAGCUUAUUGGAGCAUUAUAAUGUUGAUUUUGAGUUGAUUUGCUGACCUGGUAAUGAUCAUAAUUCCUCCGGUAUCCAUUGCAGCAAUGUCAUUAAAUCAUUGUUUUUUGCUGUCGGAGAGUUUUUCAUUUAAUCUUAAUUUUGGUAAAUUUUCUGAGAGCGCAGUCUUUUUGGAUGCAUUUCGAAUAAGAGUUAUUUCGGAUAAUCCUCCGUGCAAGUGUUUUUGUAAUACAAGAUUCCCGACUGCUCUUGUCUCAUCUUUGCAACAAAACACAUUCUGAUAUUUCAAAAUCUUUUCCCCUUAUUUUUCUUGCAAGAAAAGGCAUUUUUUUUGUAUAAUGCAGUGAUUUCUUUGAAAUGGUGCGAUUGCAUUUAAAAGGCGGCAAUUUUUCUUAUUCCUCCACAAGUUCAAAAGAAUUGGGACCAGUCUGGUGGUACAGUAAUCUGCAUUGUUAUAAUUUCCUUUUCUUUUGCUCUAUAUGGGAGUAUCAAAAUACAUCCAUAUUGGUAUGACCCUUGAGCAUGAAUCGUGCUAUAAUUAAUCUGGCUGGUCGUUUUACCAUCCUGACAGAUCUGGUCAUUCGUUCAUUGUCAGUAAUCAAGUCAGUCAUAUUGUCAAUGUCAUCCGGUUCGGAUACUUCAAAAGAAAGGAGUGUCUGAACCGUACGAACCUUGACUCAAGACAUACUUCAUAAUAAUAGGAAUGUUUAAGUCCUUGUCCUAAAAAGUUGUGUCUGGUCUUUUUCCUUGAAUAAUGGCUUUUCGUAACUGGUUGGUGUGCUCAAUAACUGAUUGAAUUAUUACUGGUAGUGAUUUAUAAGCAGAGAUAUGCUUUCCUCUGGUCAGGGGCAAUUAUCCCACUGUGAAGCUGUUUUUCUAUACAAAGUGUGUUAAGUAACUUUCUUGCAUACUUUUUGGCUUUCUGAUUGAUUCGAUAAGUCUGUACUUAUGUAGAUUUUCUUCUGUCAGUAUCUAUAUUCCCAUGGGUCUCAUUAAAUGUUUCUCUUCUUUUGUGACAUUAUUAGCUUAUAAACUGUUAAUGCUGAUUCCAAAUAAAGCAUCAAACGUUUCUGUUCUUUUGUGACAUUAUUGGCUAUAAACUGCUAACGCUGAUCCCAAAUAAAACAUGUUUUGCAAAAUUCCUUUGAAAAUUUGUUUUCCCAAAUUCUUUGAAAUGUCUACAUGCACACGGAGGCUUUAGCUGUUGACAUUAACAACUGGUUUAUUUUUGGUCAUAGUUGAACAAUUUUUUUUGUGUGUGACGCUUGGCCGUCCAGUAGUACCAAGACUGAGUUUUUUGGUGGGUUUUACGGUUUCUACAAACAUUUUGAACCAGACAAAGAAAAUUUGCGAAGUUAUCCACUCAUUAUCCCUACAGGUCCCCUAAAAUCCCUGUGGUGCAUCAUUUAGCAACUCAUUCUUCAUUCGUAUUCGAGCGUAGACCAGCAUUGGUGGUAUAUAAGUUCCGGCGGCAUUAAAACAGAUUUCAGCCGUAACUAAUUGCCCUCUUUCUGCAGAUGACAAGCAGCCAACUUGCUUGCUUGCGGCACAGUACUAACGCCGGUUUCAUAGACGUUAUAAAUUCUAUCAGGUGUAAGGUCAUGCUUAUCUACUUCAUUUUCUAACAAUGUGAAAAACUCAUUUACUACCACUUUGUUAAAAGCCAUAGUCCUCGAAGCAGAAGUUGGCUUUGGUCGUCUAAAUGAAAGUCCAGGAUGCCUUUUUAGGAAUCCUCUGAGCCAGUGUUCUCCAUUCAUUGCAGUCUCUGCGCUGAAUGGGUUCUGAAUAUGGCUUCUAUCAGUUAACUGGAAAGCUAAAAUCCGAAGCUCUUUGCUAGUUAUUCCGAAAAGGCGCGCUUCCAUUGAUUUAAUGUGCUGAGAUAAUUCUUCUUCCUGUUCUUUAUUAAAAACUGUUUUAUAACGCCCAAAUUUCUUUCUCCCAUAGUCAUUAUCUGAAUCGGUGUCAGCAUCUUGACGUUCCACGAACGAUUUAGGCACUUUAUGUGUAGCUGAUGCUCUAAAAAAUCCCAUUGUCUCAGAAAGCAUAGCUCUAAACGCUCUUCUCAUAUCGUCUUCUUCCCAUGUUUCCUCUAUCUGCUUUUCGUUCAUAAUUUUGUACCAUUUUCUUUGUAGUUAACAAACAAAAAACAAACUUUUUGUUAUAUAGUAGUACAAAUCAAUAUGGUGCAAAACGGGAUACUAUGCCAUUUUGCCUCGACCUUUUUGCCCCAUCAGACACAUUUUACAAAAAUAAUAACAGUUCUAACCUGCUAAAUUAUUCUACGAAAAAGCAAUCUAAAUUCGUUAGUUUUACACUACUGCAACAAGUAUGUUGUAAAUAAAUACAAUAGCACUGAUUCCUACCUUGGUGCACAUCGAUUAAAACAGAAAACUUCGUAAAAACCCCCCAAAAAACUUUUUUAUCGCCGCCCAGCCAAAACACGCAGUGACACAUACGUACCCUCCGGACUCGUGCGACGCGACUGAACAUCGCGCGAAUGGCUCUGUGUUAAGCUCUGUUGUGUUCAGCAGUCACACACACAAGCACACUUCCCGUCUUGCCCCGGUCUAGAAGAAGGCAUAGGGGGUUCUUAAGAAUGUGUAGUAGUUCAAAGUACUUAUUAUUUCAGAAGAAACUUUUGCUCUAGCACUUUUUGUAUUAUGCUUUGAUUAUUUUAGAAAUUGUCUGUUUGUUUUUUUUUAGGAAACAAUCUACAUAAUCAGUACCGGGCAUAUUAUUUUUUAAUUUCCUCACCUCCACAUUUCCAUUCUAUCUCUAACCUUCUUUAAUUAAUAGCCGAAGAACGUAUGUAUCAAGGGGAUAUCGCAACUCUGAACAAGUAUUGAUAUGCCUCUUAACAAGGGCGUCGCCAGCCGAUGGCGCG